UGUCAUUACUUCAGUGCCUUUGAAUCAGAAUAAAAAGUGCAGCAAACUUCAGACUCAUUGACUGCAGGCUUAACAAGCAUCGGGGCUUUUCUGCUCUCUGCAGCUUGCAAGGAUCUUUGGAUUUUGCAAAGCAGUUCCAAGAAAACAAUGGCCACCUUCUCCUUAUGGGCAACUUUUGGAUUAUGUUUGCUGAAGCUCUGUCUAACAGAAACAGAAUUCAAUGUAAGUUGCAGAUAUGGAGGAGUUUUUCAUGUUGAAAAAAAUGGUCGCUACAGUCUCACACGAUCUGAAGCAGUUGAACUCUGCAGGGCUCUCAACAGUACCUUGGCAACACUAGAGCAGCUGAAGAAAGCUCAUGAGCUUGGAUUUGAAACCUGCAGGUAUGGUUUCGUGGUGGGGCAUAUUGUUAUCCCACGGAUCAAUCCCUAUCACCUUUGUGCAGCAAAUAACACUGGCAUUUACAAACUAUCAGCAAAUACAACUGCUCGGUAUGAUGCAUACUGUUACAAUGAGACAGAAACAGCAGAUAAAACAUGUGAGCCGGUUGUAAAAAUAGAUACUUCUUUACUCAGCAAUCAUGAUGAAACAGUCAUUGAGAACGCGGACGGCUCCCGGUUCAACGCGGACGGCACGCGCCACGCCGGCGGAGAGUCCUCCACCUCGGGGGGGGACGAGGAAAACGCAGGCAGUGGCUCCACUCAUGAGACAACUCCCAUGGAUGCCUCCAUCAGGAGAUCCAGCCCCUCGUAUUAUGGGGGUCCUACUCCAGUCUCAUACUCAGAUCAUACUUCUGGAGGAGGCGAAAAAGGAAUGUCUGGAAAAGAUUAUGAUGAUGAAUUUACAUCUGUAUCACCUGACAUCACUUUGGGGACGGUGGCUGGUAAUUUCCAUGAAGAUGAAGGACAGUAUCCUGCAAGUCCCACACUAGUUGCAAGUGAAAAUGAAAAACAUCAAGGACCAACCCACCAUCCACUGUUACACAGUGUUCAUUCUGGAGGGAUCAGUCACGAACAAAAUCCUGCAAAUACCACUGGCAGUAAUGAACAACAGGAAUUUGCUACCACAGGUGAAAGUUAUUUUGGAAAGGAAGCUUCUACAGCCACGGUCCCCAGCCACGGGGCCAAAGAGAACGACUCAGCGCACGAGCCGUGGCUGCUCCCAGGCUGGGAUGAGGGACAGGACCAUGCCACACAGCCUGCUGUGACAGAGAGAGUUAUUCCCUCCAGAGACAGCAGUCAUGAAAGAGAGCCUUCCACUACAGCAGCUGUUGCCUCUCCUGAUGGUGCCCACCACGAAGAGCCAACUUAUCAGUCUGGGAUAAUGCCUUGGGAUAAUGAAGCAGAAAUGAGCACUGAAGGCAUCGUGGAUCCCACAGAUGCCCCUGAGGAUGGAGUUCUCCACGGGACCACAGCCACAAUGAUCAAAGCUGUCACAGCCUCCACUGACAUUCUGGCACCAGAAGAUACAACCCAGGAAGCAUGGGCACCUCACCCUGUGGCAACAGCUGCUUCCUCUCCUGAUGGUGCCCACCACCAAGAGCCAACUCAGACUCCUGUGCCUUGGGGUGAUGAACCAGGACAGGGCACUGAAGGCAUCACGAAUCCCAUGGAAACUGCCAGAGAUGAAGUCCUUCACAGGACCACAGCCAGUGUGACCCAAACUGUCGCAGAGCCCGUGGAUGAUGCUGAGCAAGAGAAAGCAACCAAGGAGCCGCUGGCACCUGGCACUGCACCUGGAGGGGAAGGUGAACCAGCAAACACCACAGAUGGCUUCCAUGUCUAUGGGAUGCCUGGAGUUUUUUCAGACAUUGAGGACCGUUUUGUUCCCUUGCAGGAUCCUCUUACUACCAGCUCUAGUGUAUAUGGUGACCAAGGACCACACAAGGGACAUUAUGAAUCCACUACUAUCCCUGGAGAGACAGCCACAACAAAAAUAGCUUCACAACCAAGGUCUGCCCCUGUACCAGACUGGCUGAUCAUCGUGGUGGCUCUGGUGGUGCUGGCGCUGAUCCUCGCCGUGUGCGUCGCUGUCAACGCUCGCAGGAGAUGUGGGCAGAAGCAAAAGCUAGUGAUUAACAAUGGCAAAGGGGCAGUGGAGGACAGGAAGACAAGUGAAUUGAAUGGAGACAUCAGCAAAUCACAAGAAAUGGUGCACUUGGUCCAUAAAGAGCAGUCAAACGACCGAACAGAAGCAUGUGAUGAAUUCCUGACUGUUAAUGAAACACAAAAUCAUCACGAGUUUGACAUGAAGACUGGAGUGUAAUGGCACCACACUGCCAAGCUGAUCAGGGCUGGGGAAUCCAAAAUCAUGUGGAACUUGAACAGGAAUUCACAGAUGCACUGUGCUACUGAUGUCUUUUGAACAUAAGCAUAAGUUCUGUUUCUUUUAAAUCACUUUGCAAUGAUGCCUGAGUUUAAAAAUUGACGCGUGCUUUCUGAAAUACACCUCCACGAGCUGCAUAAUGCUUUCAGUUCCCAGUCCCUUCACAGAGGACUCUCACUGUGUCCUGGAUGCCAGAAGGCACACAAAUUUACAUCAUUACUCCCCAGAUGGAAGGUCUUCACUGUGUGGAGCUAAAGAAGCAUCCAGUCACUCCAUCUUACAGAUAUUUUGAGUAUUAAACAUGUCAUGGUACAGAAGUAUGUGAGGAAAAAUGUCAAGAGUAAAAAAAAUCAAGUUUAAACCCCAAAGGCAUCUUCUACAAUGUCUGCAACAUCAGAAUCCUUCAGAAAUGCCUUCCAGCCAGGAAUAGCAGUGGGUACAUUCAGAAUCUGCCAGUAUAAACAAGAAGUGACUCAUUAUAAUUAUGUGUGGCUUGGUCUGCAACGAGGGAAACCCAGAAGAUCAAAAUUUAUUUAUCUCUAUUUUUAAAUAUCUAUGGACAUACAGCAAGUCUUCUCAGGAGGGGUAAUAAAGGCAUGAAAACAUGAGCUGAAACAUAAUAAACUUCUGUUCUUUAUUAUUCAACAACCUGUACAAUUAUCCUUCAGUUUUUGAGAUGUUCAUUGUUCUUCUUCCCCCCUCAUUCAUUGAUCCAAGUUUGUGCAUGUUUUUAAUGAGCCUGUUAGUUAAGAUAAUGAAUAAAACAAAAUGACCCCAGCUCUGUCACACAUGCAUAAAUCAAGCAAUUGAGAUCACUAGGGAAGCUGACAGUAUUUUGUUCCUGAAAAUAGGUCUCUAUAUUCUGCUCCACUUUACUAAGGAGAUGCUGAGCCUAUUAAAUUUUUCCCCCUAUAAUUAUUGUAUUUUACGAGAUUGCUGAUAUUUUAAAAGUUGCUUUUCUAUGAUCUCCUUUCCUCUGAAUUAUAUUUCAUCUACAUUGUUUUGGAUCUGCUUUUUAAAGACACCAAAAAGAAACAUUGCUUGUUUUUUGGUACCAGAAGUUCAAUUUCUACAGAAAAGAUCAAAGCAAAUGACACAGGAAGCUCUUCCCAGCCAUAUAACAUAGUAGAGUAGCUGAUCUGCAUUGUUACAUGCUUUUGUUAUGUCCUUUGGUGUCUGUCAUGUAAAAUAUUUGUAUUAAGCUAUGAUGCUGUGCAUUAUAUUGAUAUGAAUUGUCAGGAAAAAAUUAUUUACUACCAGUGGUCUGUGCCAUUUUUAAGAAAGCAUAUUGAAAUGGAGGGAAAAUUGUAACUUCUAAUUGGACUCUCCCCAGGAAAUGCAAGGAAAAUGUGGAUGGUCUGUAGCAGGGUUAUUCAGCAGUUUUGUUCACUGACCAUAGCCCCUGCCUUUGAAACUGUUCUGCUAAAGUAUUUAAAGUUAUUUAAUGUUCUCCAUCUGAAGCAGUUUGGAGGAUGAAUAUUCAGCUGGCUAAACACUGACUUUAGCUAGCACUGAUCUUUACAGGGAUAUAAAGCACAAGACUGGUGAUUAUAUUCCUGAGUCCCAGCCCUCCUGCAGUUUCCCAUGUGCUUCAUGGAAAUGCUCAAGUGCCCUGGUGUCUGCUGGCAGAUGUCCUCAGGGCAAUUUACACCUGGGCAAAAAGUCCCAUGACAAGGUGAUGCUUUAAAAUGCACACAGGAUGUUUUCUGGCUUUAUGUAGGUCAGAGAUUUCAUCUGUGAACAGUGCAUUGAUUUUUGUUUCAUGUUUUUAAGCAUGCUUUUCUAUUUGUCAUUAGAAAUCAAAUUAUCUCUGUAAAGUGGUGUUAGGUACUCAUUCCACUAAGGAUGGAGAUCCAGAGUAGGAAUUAUUCCUCUCUUAAAAUCCUAACUGAAUAUAGGUCUCAGUGAGAAAGAUGUAUUUCAUUGUCUUGGAAGCUAAAUUUCUCUUUUAAAAAACAAAAAAAUCUCUGUCAUGUUAUUCAUCUACCUAUUCAGAUGUUGAAUGAAGAAAUCCACAAACUUCUUCGUAAUUUGUCUUAUAGUCAGUAGCUAUAAAAGCACAGACAACACUGGUUGAUUCUUUGUAUAUUUUUAAAUGGGAGAUGCUCAAGAGGAAAUGCCAUUAUUUUAUAUAUGCUGAUUCUUUUUAGAUUGUGUCCUGUGACCUGUGUGUAAUUGUUUCAUUAUAGUUUCAAAACUAGAAGGCCAUUUCAUCUGUGUAAUACAGUACAUAUUUUUAUUAGUCUUGCUUUUAUUAUGAGGGGUUGUUUGUUGUGUGUAUGUAUUUUUAUAUAGAGCACUUGAUAUAUUUGCAUAUUUAUUUAACAGAUUAAUCAAAGAAAAUGCCAUCUCUAAAUUGCAACUAGAAAUAGUAUUGCUAAAAACACGUCAGACUCUAAAAUAAGCUUCCAAAAUAAGCCUGAUUCCACACUGAGGAUAAAAUGUAAGUCCAGCUGUGAGUGGGAGACAAGUAUUCAGUCGUGUUGAGUACUGUGAUCAUUUCUUCUCCUGGCAAAUUCCAAGCCAGGCUGAGGGGGAUGCAGUGUGACCUUGUCUGCUCUGCUGGCCUCCCACAGGCUCCACAGAUGCUCUGGGAGCCAGUGAUGAACUCAGCCUUCCCCCAGAAGCAGACAGCAGCUACAACAGCUUGGCUCAGGUCAAGAUCAACCCAGUAAGGGCUUGACUAUAGUUCCUGUCUCACUGAACAAAGCACCCAGCAAGAUCCAGCCCUUCCUUCUGGUGCUGACAAACUGUGCCUUGGUCCAUCCUUGGUGCCCAAGAAGCAUGAGGAUCUCUCCCAAAGAUGCCAUGGAGGUCAGACCCUGCCAUCAGCUUGUGUUAUUCCUGAAAAAGUUUCAAAUAAAGGUGAUCCAGAGCAGGGGAAAUACUGCCUAAAGCAGCAGGCUUAUUUAAGAGGGGCUCUGUAUGUUUUAUGGGAAUGUAAUAUUUUCAUGAAGCAAUGCAGGCUGAUUGUUUAAUUUGUAUUUUCUUGAAGUUCUGAAAAGGAGUAUUUGAUUAAAGCAACGAAAGGAUGUGCAGCUGUCAUGUCUACCUUUGUGGAUGUGAAACCCUUCCCACAACACCAGUUCCAAAAUUGUACUUUUGCAGUUCUUCACAUGAUAGGGAUGGUUUUUCUGUGUCCCUUGUCAACAACAACAGCCUCUGUACCAAUUAGUUUGAAGCAGGUUGCCUGGAAUACUUUUUAGACACAAUUGUGAAAUGUCUCUUUAGCACACAUUCUGGUCAGGGCUGGUCCUAAUUAUUCUUUCUGUAGAUGAAGGAAAUAAAUCCUCUGACAACUGUGUUCUGCCUCUGCAGACAAGGACUCCAGGGUAUUUUGUUAUUCAGCAGUAAAUGGAUUUAUUUUAAGUUAUAUUAGGACAUUAGACAAUGAUUAUUUCUUAAUCUUUAUUAAACAGUUCAAGGGUCUGAUGCCUCUGAGUGUCUGCAAGAGAUCUGAUUAGUAAAAUACCAACCCUUUGGGUAACCACAGGUUCUGAUUACUUUUUCUCUGUGGAGGGGGAAAGGAAAAAUGGUGGCAGGAAAAAGGGCUGUUCCUUGGGUGCUGUUCCAGCUGUGUACACAGCAGUGGGUGACAAAAUUCCUGUUCCUUAAGGGUGGAAAGAAUUGUGCUAAGGUAUUUUGGGCAUGGAGCUCUGGGGAUUUCAGGAUAGAGGGAGAACACAAUUUCUGGGAAAGGAUGUAAAGGGAAAGUGAAAUUUCUGUACCACAGCUGGGAAAGUACCUCCAACACCCCCAGGACUGUGGCACUCAAAUAUUUCACAACUCUGAGUAGGAAAAAAGAGCCUUUUCCUGUGAACCUCCCCACCUCCAAGUCAUCCUCCACAUCCACCUCCUCAUUUUCAAACUGAUUCUGGAUUUUCCCCUGGUAGCUUAUUUCUCACCAUUGCUAUGCCCUGCUGCAUGUGGCAUCCCCCAUGCUGGGGGCAAGCAGCUGUGGCAAUGAGGAGAGGCAGAAUUAGCCAAGAUGAGUAACACUGCCCUUUGUACAGCACAGAGACUGCACUUUUUGUCUUCUCUUUCUCACCCCUUUGGAGUAAGGUUAGUAAAGGCAAGAUUUCAAAAGCAUUUCUGAGAGGGACUGGUUGGAUUUUUAUGUAUGUCUUAACACAUGUUAUAAAUGAGGUGGAAAAUUACUGUAGGGACUGUAGAUGUGUUGAAAGCCCUAACACAUGCCAGGUGUUAAGGAUGCCCAGGAAAAUAUGCCUGGGAAAUGGAGCUGUGGCAGCAGCCCUAGCAGAUAAAAGCAGUUACUCUCUCUUUUUCUCUCUCUGGUCUCUUUUCUAUCCCACUCUGGUCAGAACCAUCUCCUUUCUCUAUCAAUAUAUGGUUCUCAGGUGGAGUGUUUGCUGCUUUUGGGCAUUACUUUCAUCCAAGAAAUCAAAGUGAAUCCUCCCUGACUGCUCUUACAGCAGGAUGGGACAAUUCUGCCUCUUGCUUAUCUUCCUGUUUUGAAAGUGCAGGACUGACACAGAUCUUCAUUGGCCAAAUGAGCUGCUGCAUAGGAGUUUUUUAAAAUCCAAAACUGUAGGAGAGGAUCCACCAUCAAAGCAGCUCUCCUGACCUCCAGACAGUGGAUUAUUGUUAAAGUGCAGGUAAGGAAGGGGCAGUGAAAUCUUUUCAUAUGCUUUAAACACAGCCUGCUUUCAAUUCUGUCUGGAUGGUUCCUGCAAGCAAUAGUAAGAUUUUGCCUGAGUGACACCUUCAAGGAGUUUCAGAAUUUUUAAUCAAAAAAGUUUUAUUAAAAGGCAUUUAUUUAUUCCUAUUCUAAAAGGGUUUUGCAUGAAAAAGUUGGGGAAUGAGACCCAUCUUUAUACAUUCUCUGCCACAAAAGAGUGCAUUGAACACUGGCAUGAUUGUCUUUAGUUUUUUCUUUAAAAAAAAUUUUAAAAAUAUGUUUUGGUUCAAAACAAAUCCACAAAAACUGUCAAAAAAGAAGAUGACUUUUUUCCUCAGAAACAGACAUAGUUUCUGCUAGUUUUAAUAUUCCAGAUAGAAGAUACAGCUGUACAAAUUUCCUUUUUUUGGUAGUUUGAGAGGGUGUUUUGGGGGGAGGGAAGAGGGGAGAUUCUUUAUGUCUAAUACAGAGUAAAGCUUUCCUUUUGUACUAAAAUGAAAUUCUUAGAAGUAAUCUAUGGCCCCACUGGGGAAAAAAAAAAAGCAUGUACAAAUUUACACUGAAACAGGAUUGUUUACAUCUGAAACAUCAUAAAUUUAAGUGCAUUUAUCAGAAAAACCUCCAGCAUUUUUAGAAAAUUAAGGAAAAGUCUCACUCAAACACCCAGUUAACUUAGAAUUUAGGUCAACAGCAGCUUUCUGUGGGUGCUGAAGCUGAGGCACAGCUGAGAUUAAGGGUAUGUAGGUAAACCAGCAUAUGGCUCAUAGGUACUGGAGAUUGUAUAUCCAGAAACUUUUAGGUCUGCUGAGUUUGUCCUGAAGUCCUCAGAGCAUCCCAGGGCAGAGAAGGAUGCAAUAAGGCAUUUUCCAUUUCUCUGGAGGCUCUAAAUUUUGUACCUGUCAUCCAAAAGCCUUGCCUUGGGCAGUAGUGGUAGGAUGGAGUCAGUUUUAACACCCAUAUUGCCAGUUUCAUGUUAAAGUAUAUAAAAAAUGUUUGGUACCAUUUGGUACCAAAUGGCUUUGGUACAGCUGAGUUUUAGCUUUAGUUCUAAAUUUACUAGUAGUCAUUGGUAUACAUCAUCUAGUUUCUGGCAGGACAGAAGGCUUUUCUUCCCUGGGUAAAUCUAAAAAACAUCCCUUAAAUCAUUUUCAGUGAUCACACUUUCCUUUGUAUGAAUUGAGACUCCACACUUCCAUUUUUCUUGUAAGAAACAGUAAUAAACUCUUCUGCACCAUGAUGAGA